UUUUGCUGGAAGAUGAUGACAGAGGUCAGGCUGUGCUAAUGGGCCAGUGAAGAGCGGUGGAGGCGAGGCAGGAGCGGCCGCAUCCAUUAGCGCGGGGCCGCCAAUCAGAGAGGUGUGCUCCGGCCCCGCUCCGCCGCACACCGCGCCCGCUCCGCGCUGACAGCCACCGCGGUGUCAAUCUCUGUCUCCUUCCCAGGACCUCGGCAUCGCACCGCCGCCGCAGCCUCAGUGGAGACAAACUAUUUUGCGGGCAACUCUUUGGGAGCACGUCAGUGCCCGGCGGUGCGCCCCGUCCUGCUGACAGCAGCGGUGCCGCGGACAGGAUAUGCCUCUGCGAGAGGGCCGCCGGGAGUAGAGGCACGCAGAUGUGCGAGCCCCCACGCUGCAGGAGAGGACAGCGCGCCCGGCUUCCAGACCGCUCCAGGCGAGCCCCGCGGGACCCCGCUGCCCCGGCCCACCAUGCAGAACAGUCACAGCGGCGUGAACCAGCUCGGCGGGGUGUUCGUCAACGGGAGGCCGCUGCCCGACUCCACGCGGCAGAAGAUCGUGGAACUCGCGCACAGCGGCGCGCGGCCGUGCGACAUCUCCCGAAUCCUGCAGACCCAUGCAGAUGCAAAAGUCCAAGUGCUGGACAAUCAAAACGUGUCGAAUGGAUGUGUGAGUAAAAUUUUGGGCAGGUAUUACGAAACUGGCUCCAUCAGGCCCAGGGCGAUCGGAGGUAGUAAGCCGAGAGUAGCGACUCCCGAAGUUGUAAGCAAAAUAGCGCAGUAUAAACGAGAGUGCCCCUCCAUCUUUGCGUGGGAGAUUCGAGACAGAUUACUCUCGGAGGGGGUCUGUACCAACGAUAACAUACCCAGUGUGUCGUCGAUAAACAGAGUCCUCCGCAACCUGGCUAGCGAAAAGCAACAGAUGGGUGCCGACGGGAUGUACGACAAGCUAAGGAUGCUGAACGGGCAGACGGGGACAUGGGGCACCCGGCCCGGCUGGUAUCCCGGCACCUCGGUACCCGGACAGCCCGCACAAGACGGCUGCCCGCAGCAGGAGGGAGGAGGGGAGAACACCAACUCCAUCAGCUCCAAUGGGGAAGAUUCCGACGAGGCCCAGAUGAGACUUCAGCUGAAAAGGAAGCUGCAGAGAAAUAGGACAUCCUUUACCCAAGAGCAAAUCGAAGCCCUUGAGAAAGAGUUUGAGAGAACCCACUAUCCCGAUGUGUUUGCGAGAGAGCGACUAGCUGCUAAAAUAGAUUUGCCUGAAGCAAGGAUACAGGUGUGGUUUUCUAACAGAAGGGCCAAGUGGAGAAGGGAGGAGAAGCUGCGGAACCAGCGGAGACAAGCCAGCAACACUCCCAGCCACAUCCCCAUCAGCAGUAGUUUCAGCACAAGCGUUUACCAGCCGAUCCCACAGCCGACCACCCCCGUUUCCUCUUUCACAUCAGGUUCCAUGUUGGGCAGGACAGACACGGCGCUCACAAACACGUACAGCGCAUUGCCACCCAUGCCCAGCUUCACCAUGGCCAACAACCUGCCUAUGCAACCCCCAGUACCCAGCCAGACCUCCUCCUACUCUUGCAUGCUGCCCACCAGCCCGUCGGUGAACGGCCGGAGCUAUGACACCUACACCCCUCCGCACAUGCAGACACACAUGAAUAGCCAGCCCAUGGGCACCUCUGGCACCACUUCCACAGGUCUCAUUUCCCCUGGAGUGUCAGUUCCAGUUCAAGUUCCUGGCAGUGAACCUGAUAUGUCUCAGUACUGGCCAAGAUUACAGUAAAACAUGUGUUAAUUCCGUAAAUGACUAUAUGGACAACAGUUGGAUGUUCAGCAGUAUUUUCUAAAGGAAGAAUGGCUCUCAGAGUACUUCUGUACUGCAACUGUGCCCUACGCUGUAACACAUGGAAAAGACUCUAACAUGGACCUUUGUACACUGAAGGCGUUAUAUCGGUUGGAACAAAUCUUCAUUUUGGUAUCCAAACUUUUAUUCAUUUUGGUGUAUUAUUUGUAAAUGGGCAUUUGUAUGUUAUAAUGAAAAAAAAAAAAAGAACAA